GUGCAAGUAUGUGUGUACAAUAUACAGACAUACACACAAGUAAACAUAUUGUCAACAACAAAGUGAAAACUAAAUAACUGAACAUAAAUUGCUAUUAACAAAAAUAUCUAUGCCAACAUCACCUGUUUACCACGAAAAGCAAACGAGGCAACUAUGUGCCUUACACGCACUCAACAAUCUUUUCCAAGGUGAUCAAUCCUACACUAAGGAUGAAUUGGACGAUAUUUGCAGCAAUCUGAGCCCAAAUGUUUGGAUAAAUCCACACCGUUCCGUGCUGGGACUUGGAAACUACGAUAUUAAUGUCAUUAUGACCGCGUUGCAGAGGCGAAACUGCGAAGCAAUUUGGUUUGAUAAGAGAAAAGACCCCUCCAUUAUUGAUUUGGAUUCAAUUGUUGGCUUUAUACUGAACAUUCCAUCUGAUUAUAAGUUCGGAAUCAUAACACUGCCUUUGCGGAGACGCCAUUGGAUAGCCGUGCGUCGCAUCGAUGACCUUUACUACAACUUGGACUCCAAACUGCAACAACCGGAACUUCUUGGAAACGAGGCGGACAUGCUUCAGUUUCUGCGGGAGCAACUUUCCGAGGAGGGACAACAGCGUGAGCUGUUUCUGGUACUUGAACGGAAAAGUGACGAGGAAAAUGCUCAGCGUUGGAUAAAACAGUCUUCUGUUAAUGCCGUUUGACCAGGACAAGGACAAUAUUUAUAUUCUAGUCAAUAUUUGCCCAACGCUGAAAUUCGUUUUACGCCUGUUACUCAAAUUUUCAAUAUGCGUAGUAUGAAGUAAAAAAAAUGGAGUAAUUGUGGCUCAAUUUAAAUGUAAAUAGCAUCGGUUAAAAUUUGAAUUUAAAGAGCUGGCCUUAAGUCAAUUUGUAUCGAAAUUUUAAUCUAAGUACAGGUUUAAUUAGUCGUAAAACUUUUUGUAAUUAAAAUUAAUGGUUUAACCGCAAGAUCAAAUUGUAAUAUGGUGAAUGUAUAAUGAUAAUUGUUUGGUUGAAGCAAUAGCGCUUUAAUUUGAUCCCUCAAACGAGACUUGUUCAUUUUAAUAAGUCUAAAGGCAAUAAAUUUGUUGUACUGCGGGUAGAUUAAAA